AUGCCUAUUCCUCUGGGUGCGUCACUUAGUGAUCCCUACUUUGUUUUUGCACAGAUUCUACACACUGUUAGUUCGUUUUGUCUCGUGUUGGGUGGAGUACGUGUAGUGCUUGGUCUUAUUUCAAUAAUAAUCUUUGGUAGUGGUAGUAAUAAUAGUGGUAAUAAUGGUAGUAAUAAUAAUACUGCUUCUGUUUCCUUAGCCACCUCAUUGGGGUAUUGUUUUCAUAUCCCACUGCGAUCUCUUUUUGCUGUUAGAGUUGCAGAUGCCUCUGAUGGUUCCGCCUCUCGUUUUUUUCUUAUGCAUAUCAUCACAGCUCUUAUUAUGUCGUGGCCACUUGCUUUAACGAUUCAACGCCGUAAGUUUGCGCUGGACUUUACCUUCACAUUGUAUGUUAUUUACUUUUUCAUGUGUUGCUGUGUGGAGCGACGUUUAACUGGUGGUGGAGUUUCGUGGUGGUUGUCGGUACUUGCCGGGUUUGGUAUUCUUUACAGUGCCACUACGGUGGUGUGUAAACGGCGGGAGUUGGCGGAUAUCUUCUUUCCACUUUCCACCAAUGCUGGGAAUAAUAAUAAUAAUAAUAAUAAUAAUAAUAAUAAUAAUAAUAAUAAUAAUAAUAAUAAUAACACUGGUGGGAAUAUGGCGACUGUUGGGAGUGGUGUGAGUAUGGAUACCGGGAUGGGGUUGAGUGGGGCUGUUGACACGAUAGGCACUGAGGCGGAUGGGCGGUCCUUUGCAAAUGGAUGUAGUUCACCAUCACACGCGAUAGAGGCAGUGUUGAUGGGACCAGGUAGUGCUAGUAAGCGGAGACGUUAA